CGAGCCCCUUCGAAUGCUUAACUGCAAACCCUAAUUCUGACUUCCGGCCGAAAUCUCUCCCUUUCGUCACGGAAACGCGGAUGAUGAGGACAGACCAAGGGAAGCUCGCAGAUCCAAGAAUCGAUGGCGACAGGCUCAGCUCUCUACCGGACGAAAUCUUAACCCACAUCCUCUCUUCCCUGCAGACCAAGUACGCCGUCAGCACCUCUGUUCUAAGUCGACGGUGGAAGGAUCUCUGGACUAGGGUUUCAAUUAUCGAUCUCGACAAUCAAUCUCUUGAUGGACUCUUUUCAGACCGUGGAGUUCAAGAGGCGAGAGACUUGGAAUUUUCGCGCUUCGUCCGCAGGGUUCUGAGUAAGCACAAGAAUCUCAAUUCUCUGAUGCGCUUCCAUCUAGCUUACUGCUCCAACGUGCGUCCAAUUUGCUUGUCAAAGAUUGAAUUGAAUGCUGCAUCUCAGCUUGAGGAAAUUGUUAUUAAACUUCCCUAUCGUAUGCGUAAGCUCCCACGAAGCUUCUACACCUUAAAGAAUCUGAAAGUCUUGAAGCUCUCCGGUUUGAAGAUAAUUACUGCACAAGGCUCUGUUUUCCUUCCUAGCUUGAAGGUGUUGGAGCUUUGGAGAGUCGAGACUGUGAAUGGCAAGGCAUUAAGCAGGCUUAUCACUGGUUGCCCUGUCCUCGAGACGGUUCAUCUGGAAGAAUGCUACUGUCCAUCAGAACUGAAUAGGAAACACAAGCUUACUGCUUCCUUACCGUUCUUGAAGAACCUGACAAUCAUCGGCAAUCUGAAUAUGGAAACUAUGUUAGUGCGCCCGGUGGUAAUUGAAGCAGCACGCCUUGAACAUCUUCAGCUUGAGAAUUUUGACUGGUUGGAAAUUGCAGGCAAUUGUCCAUUGUCAUGCCUGGAAUCGGCAAGGCUUGGUAUGAGGGAGGAAGGCGAAAUACGAUCCUUGAUUGAUCUCCUCGCCCAAGUCUCCAAUGCAAAGCAAAUGUGGUUAUCUAGCAUGACUAUGGUAACCAAACAAUUCGCCCUAAACAACCAGGCUUUUCUUUCCCCUCGAGUAAUUUGGUUGAUCAGAGCUGGAUUGUUGAUUUGUUUCAGGCUCUUCUGUCAGAUGCUGUCAAACAAUUUCAAAUCCCAGUCUUUCCCAAGCUGACACAUUUGACAAUUGAAGCUUCGGGAUACAGCCGCGUUCUGCACUCCUUGCUCAACUCAGCCUCCAAGCUAAAUACUCUCGUCAUUGGCUAUAAUUAUGAGGGGGGAUGUCUGUAUUGGGAGAAGUCAGAACCUGUUUGCACGCCAGAGUGUUUGUUGUCAAGCCUCGAGCAAAUUGAGAUGAAUGAUUUUAAAGUAGUUGCAGAGGACAUGAAAAUGGCAAGAUAUUUGCUCAAGGCUGGAGCUGCAUUAAAGAAGAUGAGUGUGGACCUAAUUUAUGGGGGUCGUGACAUCGGAAUUAAUAUAGAAGAUUGCAAAAAACUUGGGGCACUGCUGAAAUGGCCAAGAGCAUCAAGUGUUUGUGAAGUUCGGAUUUUUCUAGCCGACGUUGAGAUACACUUAGAUACUGACGAUGUGAUCGACAUCGGUGAGGAAGACACCGUUGAUGACAAUAGAGAUGAAGAUGAUGAAGAGGAGACCGAUACAGACGAGGUUGAAGCAGAUGAGUACAAUGAGGUGGACAUCAAUGGUGAAGAUGGUUAGGGUGAAAGAGCCUCUGAACAACCUGAUGAAUGGUGUUGAAUGUUCUUUUUCUUGCCUUUUUAGUUCAUGCUAUGCACUGGUAGACGAUUUUUUAUUUUAGCAAGCAUGCUACCAUUUGCAAAAGUGCUAAUGAUAAAGGAUUUACUGGAUAGAUGAAGAGAUGUUGGAUGACGAUGAUAGCAAUUAAGGACAAACAUCACAACUUAUUUUCCAUUAUAAAAAGAUCAGUUUCUACUUUACUGUUCAUUAACAAGUAAUUUUGUAAUUAUUCAC